CGGAUCAGGAGCCGUGUUGAGUUUGGGCCGAAGCAGCGCGUCCCCAGGAGCAGCCGGCGCGGGUGCCGCUGAAGCAGGACCGACUGACGGACCCUCGGAAGGCGACCCGAGAGCCAGCCCCGGGGUGGGGGUGGGGGGGCCGCGCAGUGGUCGGGAUGCCGGGGCCGCCCGCAUUGCUGCUGCUGCUGCUUUUGCGCCUGGUCGUCGGUUAUGCCGGGGCCGCGCCACUUCCGCAAACAGGUGCAGGGGAGGCGACUGUUGCAGAAGUUCCCUCAACAUUUGUGAUCCUGUCUGUGUGCAGUUUAAUGAUAUUAAUAGUAUUAAUUGCAAACUGUGUUUCCUGCUGUAAGGACCCAGAAAUAGACUUUAAGGAAUUUGAAGAUAAUUUUGAUGAUGAGAUAGAUUUCACACCACCAGCAGAAGACACCCCAUCUGUUCAGUCCCCAGCAGAGGUCUUCACGCUGUCAGUACCAAAUAUCUCGCUUCCAGCCCCAUCACAGUUCCAGCCUUCUGUGGAAGGCUUGAAGUCUCAAGUUGCCCGCCACAGCCUAAACUAUAUACAGGAAAUUGGAAAUGGCUGGUUUGGAAAGGUCCUCCUUGGAGAGAUUUACACAGGCACAAGUGUAGCAAGAGUAAUAGUGAAAGAAUUAAAAGCAAGUGCAAGCCCAAAGGAACAAGAUACUUUUUUGAAAAAUGGCGAACCUUACUAUGUUCUUCAGCACCCAAAUAUUCUCCAGUGUGUUGGACAGUGUGUAGAAGCAAUUCCCUAUCUUCUGGUGUUUGAGUUCUGCGACUUGGGCGACCUGAAGACUUACCUGCACAAUGAGCAGGAGCACGUGCGGGGCGACUCGCAGACCAUGCUGCUGCAGAGGAUGGCAUGUGAGAUCGCUGCGGGGCUGGCCGCUAUGCACAAGCUGCACUUCCUGCACAGUGACUUAGCGCUGCGGAAUUGUUUUCUUACCUCUGACUUAAAUGUGAAAGUGGGAGAUUAUGGAAUCGGAUUCAGCAGGUACAAGGAAGAUUAUAUCGAGACAGAUGAUAAAAAAAUCUUCCCUCUGCGAUGGACUGCACCAGAAUUAGUAACCAGCUUCCAAGACAGACUACUGACUGCAGAGCAAACUAAGUAUAGUAAUAUCUGGUCUCUGGGUGUGACUCUUUGGGAACUUUUUAAUAAUGCUGCUCAGCCCUACUCGAACCUGUCUGACCUGGACGUCCUUAAUCAGGUCAUCAGGGAGCGAGACAUCAAGCUCCCAAAGCCCCAGUUGGAGCAACCCUAUUCCGAUAGAUGGUAUGAAGUUUUACAGUUCUGUUGGCGGUCGCCAGACAAGCGGCCAGCAGCCGAGGAGGUGCACAGGCUGCUGACUUACCUGCGGAUGCAGAGCCAGCGGGACCCAGAAGUCGACUUUGAGCAACAGUGGAAUGCUCUCAAGCCAAACACCAACAGCAGAGACACCUCAAGCAACGCUGCAUUCCCUAUCCUCGACCACUUCACGAGAGAUCGCCUUGGUCGAGAGAUGGAAGAGGUCCUCACGGUGACUGAAACAAGCCAGGGCUUGAGCUUUGAGUACGUGUGGGAGGCUGCCAAGCAUGAUCAUUUCGAUGAGCGCAGCCAGGCUCACCCUGAUGAAGCCUUGUCCUACUCCAGCAUCUUCUUUCCUGUCAAAGUGUUCGAGAGCUCCCUUUCAGAUCCUGGGCCUGGGAAACAAGAUGACAGUGGCCAGGAGGUCCCCCUUAGAGCCCCUGGAGUGGUUCCUGUGUUUGAUGCUCACAACCUUUCUGUUGGAAGCGAUUAUUACAUCCAAUUAGAAGAAAAAAGCGGAAGCAACUUGGAGCUCGAUUACCCGCCCGCACUGCUCACAACAGAAAUGGAUAACUCAGAGAAGGCAGGAGCGGAGGGAUCACAGUUCACUACCCUCAGGAACCUUGACUUUGAGGAAUCUAGUACAGAUGAGGAUUUCUUCCAAAGCAGUACAGACCCUAAAGAUUCUAGCUUAGCUGAGGACUUACAUGUUACCAGUGGCCCUGAGAGCCCUUUCAACAAUAUAUUCAGUGAUCUUGAGAAGGCUGAGGAUUUGCCCAGCCACCAAAAAGUAUUUAACUUAAUGGAACUCAAUGGAGUUCCAGCUGACUUUACACCAGCCACUUUAGGUUCAAGUUUAGAGGAUCCCAGGAAGUCAGGAAUAACUUGCCACUCUGACAAAGAAAAGCCCCGUAAGCUCCUUGACCAUGAGCCCUUUCAUUUAUCAGAAAAUCUUUUGCCCCAAGAUCACUUUGAUCCAUUGAAUGUUCAGGAACUAUCAGAAAACUUCUUGUUUCUUCAAGAGAAAAACUUACUAAAAGGCUCACUGUGUAACAAGGAGCUUAUAAAUGAUCUUCACACAGAACUUAAGAAUGCUGGUUUUACUGACGCUCUGUUAGAAACAUCACGGAGGGACUCUUUAGACAGUGAGCUUAAAUUUGCUGAAGAUGCACCCUGCUCUCCUUUGUCACAGGAGAACACAGGUGCCAAGGGUGAAGAUGCAAGAGUCACACUCAAGAGUGCCACUCAGAGCACCUCGGUACCACCUUCCCCAGAAGGACAGGUACCUUCUACCUCUCUCACAGCAAAAGAAACAUCUCCUGGUGGCCCCUCAGAUUCACUUUCAAAGCCAGGAGCAAGCAAGUCCACAGGUUUGGACUGCAGCGUCCCUGAGGACUGUCCCUGCCAGGACCCUCAUCUAGACUCUGCAACUCCCCCUGUUGAAAUUCCCCCCACCAGUGCCAACACCUACAGCGUGGACAGUGGGCCCCCUGACAGGACUCACCCACAUGAUGAGGCCUUAGGACUAACCAGAAGGGAUGCUGCUUUCGCGGCUGGGGUUCUCAUCAGUCAGGCCAGUACAGGGGACAGUCUUCCAGAAUCCAGAUAUGACGUACAAAAUCAGCCCUUUUCAGAAGACCAGCAUGGUGGCAGUUUACAGGAGAAAAACUUAGAAGCAGUAGAGACUUUUAUUAAUCAGCUCAAUUCUAAAGAAGCCACCAAAGACAUAGGCUUGGUGUCUGCCCUUUCCUCAGACUCCACCAGCCAGGACAGCCUCCUGGAAGACAGUUUAUCCACAGCCAUCCCAACCUCUGAGCCGUCUGUGGAGACACCAGACUCCCUGGAUUCUGUGGACGUCCACGAAGCUUUACACAGCCCUCAGAAACUCUUGCCCCCUGAUAAGCCAGCAGACAGUGGCUAUGAAACGGAGAACUUGGAGUCUCCUGAGUGGACUCUGCACCCUGCCCCUGAGGGCACCUCAGAUUCAGACCCCACUACUGCUGGAGACCCUGGGUAUAGCAAUUUGCCCGCCAAUCCAGUCAUCGUCGUGUCAGAUGCAGGCAGUGGCCACCGAGGUGCGGAAGGCACCUCACAGACCUUUGCCCCAGGUUCCCAGAGCUCCUAUCGAGACUCUGCAUACUUCUCAGACAAUGACUCGGAGCCAGAUAAAAAGUCCGAGGAGGUCCCAGGAGCCUCUACUUUGGCCUUGGUGUUAAUAAAGGGCCAGUCGCUGCCUGAGCCAGUCAUCCCAGAGCAAAGCCCAGGUGCCAAAGACAGCUGCCUGGAAGCCCAAAAAAGCCAGCCAGAUCAGAGUUACCCAUCUGUUCUACAAAAUCCUGGCAACCUGCAGUUAGGAGAAAUGCUGGAGCCGGCACAGGUUGGUGUUUCCAAACAGAUGCAUCCUGUGGAAGACGAGGCCAGCAGCCCCCUGAGUUUACUGAAUUCAGAGCUGAGCAGUGGUGAUGACUUUGAGACACAGGAAGAUCAUCCCUGCAUCCUCACAUCGACGGGAACCAACACUAAUGAACUCCUUGCCUACACAAGCUCUGCCAUGGAUAAGUCCUUCUGCAGCCACGCAGAGGGCCCCAAACUGAAGGAGCCGGACAUUGAAGGGAAAUACCUGGGCAAACUCAGCGUGUCUGGGAUGCUUGACCUCUCCGAGGACGGGAUGGACGCUGAUGAGGAGGAUGAGAACAGCGAGGAUUCUGACGACGACCUGAGAGCUUUCAACCUGCACAGCCUCAGCUCUGAGUCGGAAGAUGACACCGAGCACCCUGUGCCUGUGAUCCUCAGCAACGACGAGGACAGCCGGCACCUGCGGAGCCUGCUGAAGCCAGCAUCAGCCGCAGCUGAGGCUGUCAGUCAGCUGCCCGAAGACUGGAAGAAGGAAAAGAAGGCAGUCACUUUUUUUGAUGAUGUCACAGUGUACCUGUUUGACCAGGAGACCCCAACCAAAGAGCUGGGGCACUGUGGAGGAGAAGCACACCGCCCCGGGCCCAGUGGCCCGGCGCCCACUGCAGGCUCACCCUACCUGAGCAGGUGCAUGAACUCUGAGAGCUCCACGGAUGAAGAAGGUGGAGGCUUCGAAUGGGAUGAUGACUUCUCCCCAGAUCCUUUCAUGUCAAAGACAACGAGCAACCUUUUGGGUUCCAAGCCUUCUCUUCAGCCAUCCAAGUACUUUUCCCCGCCACCACCAGCCCGGAGCACAGAGCAGAGCUGGCCACACGUCUCCUCCUGCUCCAGGUUCUCCAUCUCUCCUGCCAACAUCGCCAGCUUCUCUCUCACACACCUCACCGACUCGGACAUCGAGCAAGGCGGCAGCAGUGAAGAUGGAGAAAAGGAUUAGGAGGUCUCAAACACGGUCUCCAAGCCAGAGCAGCGUUCCGACCCAUGAGCCAGAGCAGCGGCAUCGGCUGACGUGAGACUGGAGGAGUUUGGAGGCAGAGCUCAGUGGCUGCCCCACCCGCUCACCGCAGCCGCACCCCUGAGGUCCGCACACUUGAAGGGUUUACACGCUGGUCCCUGCAUCCAUGUGGGGAGUUGUGCGUGCCAGGGUGUGUCUGUGCUCUGUGCUGUGUCCUUGGCGUCCAUACCUGUGCCUCCGGGGCUGGACACGUCAUGAGUGAGCAGUCAUGAGUGAGCCAUAUUUAUUGUUGUAAAAGAAAUCACUAAUUGCUCUCUGUAAUUGCACUGUGGAUAAGUGUUGUAAGAGUCCCCAAUAUUGUACAGAAUCGUAAAUUAUUCAAGGAAAAUACAGCAGGUCAAGCUGGUGCUAUUCACUAGUUUGAUUUUCUUUUUCUUUUCCUUUUUUUCCCGUUUGAUAGUUUGUUUGCCCUGCAUGGUACUUGUAAAGCUUAAAUAUUUUGAGUGAUAUGCUGUCUUCAGAAUUAUUGGAGCUGUAUAUAUGGUACUCUUUCAUACAUGAUACUGAUUCUGAAUGUUAGUGUUUUAUGUUCUUAUAGGAAAUAUUUUUGAUGAGUCCAAAAAUACUGCUCUGUUACUUACAAUGAUUGAAUCAAAUGUUUCGUGUCUUCCCCAGAAGGUUGUUUCCCUGUGGCAAAUGCAGCUUCUCUGGGCUGCCAAAGGGUCUUGCAUCCUCUCCAUGAGAUUCCCCCACUGCCGCUGGUGUUUAUAAACCUGUUGGAAAGACUGACAGGUGCGCCCACACUCAGCUCUGGGUUGCACUGCAGGGCCAGUGUGGUGUGGCAGAUCCUGCUGAGUCCUUCUUUCAAGACAGUGGAGACCUCAGAGGCAUGUGUCUUCCCCUGAGAGACUCCAGCCACCAAGGAUGAUUUGUCCACUGCAGCAGGUAGUAUUGAGUCAAGCUUUUAAAACAUUUUUCA